AUGCCCCUUCCGAUGAAUGAGAAUUCAGAUUCUGAACCUGAAAAUGUUUAUGUAAGGCCUCAGAUUGAUUUUGACUCUAACACCUCUCCUGCACAUUCUCAUAAUGAGUUUGACUGUGAAUCCUCUUCUGCACCAUCCAUUGAAUCUUCGCUUGAAAAUCUUAACCUCGAUUCCUCAUUUGAUGACAAUCCUGUUGAUACCCAAUAUGAACCAGAAGAAGAAGCAUUAUUAGAUACAGUUCCAUUAACACCAAUCCUGCAAGAAAUCCGAGAAUCUAACUACGAGAAUAUUCCAUCUAACAUUCCCUCGCUUCCAUCUAACAUUCCUUGUAUCUUCAAUACCAGCCACAUCUAUUACUCCACGAUUAUCUAG